GUUCAGCUUGAUUUCACUGGUAGCUCAACAACACCCACCAUGGCACGGAAGCACACCACCAAACCCAAGAGUACAAAGUCUCGUCCACGCGCAUUCAACAAAAAGGACAGCUCAGUGCCACGAUGGAACAAGCCACAAGACAUUCCCAUGGACGAGGAGGAUCGCUUCCAUGCUGCCAGGGACCAAAUUCUACUUGACGGCGCUGCACACGACUCUGAUGAUGAAGGAGAUGAAGACGAAGUCUUUGCGCUGAAAGGUCUGCCUGAAGACUCUGACGAAGACGAGUCCGACGGCGACGAAAUGUUGGAUGAUGAUGAUCCGUACAAAAAUCUGCCUGAAAUGCCAAAGGACAAACCCAAGAAGGCAAAAAAGAAAGGCAAGGCUGUUGCUUCUUCCAGCGAAGACGAAAGCGAAGACGAAAGUGAAGAGGAGGGUUGGGGCAAGAAGUCCGAAUACUAUGCCUCCAACGAGGCUCAGAUUGACUCCGAAGAUGAAGAAGCGAACGAAAUGGAGGAACAGGAAGCCAAGCGUCUACAGUUGAAAACGAGAGAUGCUAUGGCUGAUGAUGACUUUGGUUUGGAUGAUGUCGUUGACACUAUUACGGAUGUCGUCGAGGAUAUCUUGGAAGAUCCUGUGGCUGCGGUUUCUCUACCUCUACCUCAAGACAAAGAAGGUCUUCUUCGACAUCUCGAGAAGACCAGCCCAGAAUCACUUGCGUUGGCAAGAGACUGGGACGACACUGCGCGGAUGCUCAUCAAGGCUCAGACAAAGCUUGCCGAGCUCGAGGCAGAAUCCCCAGACGUUUCACUCGGACUGAAUCACAUACAUUACCAGGCCCUCCUAACCUACGCAACAACCCUCGCAUUCUACCUCCAUCUCCGUUCGUCUCCCAAAUACGUCUCCCGUCCUGACCUCCUCCGUUCCCACCCCGUCAUGUCUCGACUCCUCUCCCUCAAACAGUCCCUCACGACGUUAGAGGAAUUAGGCAUAGACCCUCUAGGAGACUUCUCCGACUCCGACGAUGCUGAAGAUUUGAGCGAUUUGAGCGAUUUGACGGAUGAGGAUUUGGAUGCGUCGAUGCUGUGGAAGAUGGACAUGAUAAAGGGAUUAGAGCAAGAUGAAUUGGAAGCCUUAUUGAAGGAAGCCGGUAAAGUCAUCGCGGGGGAGGAUGGAAACACGAAGAAAGGAAAGAAGAAAAAGAGUAGGAAGGCCGACGUGGAAGAUGGCGAAGAAGUACAAGAGCAAGAAAGACCGAAGAAGAAACGCAAGACUUCAACCAAAUCCGCUCUCCCCAUCUUCGACCUCGAAGAGCCCACUUUCCCCUCUUCCAGCACAAAGUCCAAAAAGUCAAAGACCGUCUCCGAAUCACUUACAGACGCAUAUGGCGAACAACUCACCCUCCAAACGUUCGACGCCCAAGACAAAGCGGCACAUAAGAAAAGUCUUCGAUUCCAUACUUCCCGGAUCGAGAGCACGAUUGGGAGGAGGGAGAGAGCGAGACAAGGGAAUGUCGGAGGUGAUGACGAUAUUCCUUGGAAGGAGAGAAAGAAGGAAAAGGAGGAGAGGCUUAGGAGGGAAGUUGAGAAUAGUCGGGCGAAGGGACAGGGUGAGGCUUUGGAUGGUGUCGAUCCGGAGUCGAUGGACGUGGAUGGAGAGAGGGAAGGUGGAAAGGGUAAGCGAAGAAGAGAGGAGGAGGAGGACAGUGGGAGUGAGAGUGGGGAAGACGGGUAUUAUGAGCUGGUCAAGAAACAGUCAAAAGCGAAGAAAGAGAAGAAGAAAGCAGGACACGAUGCUGCAAACGCAGCCGCAAAAGCCCAUCUCAUGCAAGAAGCUACCACCAACGGUCCCCGUUCCCUCACCCAAGCAAUGAUCAAGAACAAAGGUCUCACGCCUCAUCGAAGCAAAAGCGUUCGCAACCCUCGCGUCAAGAAACGACAGAGGUACGAAAGGGCCAAGAAGAAGGUCUCUUCGCAGAAAGCUGUAUUCAGAGGCGGCGUGGGUGCUUCUGGGAAGUACGAAGGAGAGAAAACUGGUAUCUCCAAGGUUAUCAAGAGUGUUCGUUUGUAGGGUGCAGCUACCUGUUCUGCUUGCUUUCUGGAAUCACCAUUCUCUUUCGCGUCUUUCACGAUCAUCUGAAGCGUGUGUCUGCUGCGAAUUACUUACUGGCCGUCAAAUACCCUCGAACUAGUGUGGAAUUUAUCGGGCGCGCCGCAUUGUCUCAGUC